AUGGGGGAGAAGGUUGUCAGUUUCACUGUAUCUACAAUUCUCCAGUUCUCAAAUGAAACCGACAGAAUUGCCCUUAUAGAUUUUAAACAUCGGAUUUUCGAUGAUUCCCAUGGAGUAUUACUUAACUCCUGGAAUGAUUCCCAACAUCAUUGUCACUGGCAAGGAGUGAGUUGCGGUCGCCAAAACCAACGAGUUGUGGCAUUGAGGCUUGCUGAUAUGGGUUUGGUCGGAACCAUAUCUCCUCACAUAGGAAACCUCACUUUCCUCAGACAACUGAAUCUCAGUACCAAUAAGCUGUCCGGCCAAAUCCCAGGAGAGAUUGGUCGUUUGUUUCGACUAAGAUCUCUCGACCUGUCUGUCAACGCACUAACUGGAGAACUACUCGCGGCUAAUCUUAGCAGUUGCUUACAACUCAGGGAAAUCUUCCUUUACCUAAAUGGCCUCCAUGGGAAGCUCCCUGGCGAGCUAGCUAAUUUGCAGAAGCUGCAAAGUCUCUCUCUUGAUGCAAACCAAUUGACAGGUGAAAUCCCUCCAUCUUUUGGGAAUCUUUCAUCCCUUUCAGGAUUGGGAAUGGAGUAUAAUCAUCUGGAGGGGAACAUUCCUGAAGAGAUUACAAAGUGUCGCGGUUUGCUUUUGCUUUCACUGGGUGCUAACAAUCUCACUGGUACACUAUCUUCUGCUUUCUUCAAUAUGACUUCCAUUAUCAACUUUUCAAUUACACAAAACUCGCUCCAAGGGACCAUUCCAAGCACCAUAGGAGACACCAUGCCUAACUUGAGAGGUUUCUAUUUUGGUAUCAACAAAUUUCAUGGGACUAUCCCCACUUCAUUUCUCAAUGCCUCUAAGCUUCAACUUCUUGAGUUAUCACAAAACUAUUUUGUAGGCAAAGUUCCAGACGAUAUUGGGAGGUUAAAAGAUCUCCAGCGUUUGAACCUUCAAUACAAUUUUCUUGGUGGCAAUGACUUGGCUUUCAUAACCUCUCUUUCAAAUUGUAGUGAUUUAACACAAUUUUCCAUUGCUGGAAAUAGAUUUGUAGGCAAAUUGCCAAACACCGUAGCUAACCUCUCGUCCAAACUCUCUUUUUUGAGUUUAGCGGGGAAUAAGUUUUCUGGAACGAUGCCAAUAGGAAUAAAUAAUCUAGCUAGCUUGAUUGAUUUAGAACUAGAAGAUAACCAUUUAUCAGGUGUUAUUCCUAGUGAGAUAGGUGACUUAAAAAAUCUACAAGUACUAGACUUGCAAAAAAACCAAUUCUCUGGAAAAAUACCACUUGUUCUUUUUAACAUCACCUCUUUAUCUUCUCUAUUUAUGGACCACAACAACUUAGAUGGCUACCUACCUUCAAGUGUGGGAAACCUUUGGAAUUUGAAUGAAUUGUACUUGUCACAUAAUAGACUCGAUGGCGUCAUUCUUGGAAAAAUUUUUGAUUUGCCAUCUUUGUCUAAGUACCUUGACCUCUCUAGUAAUUCAUUCACUGGCCUGUUAUCUCCUGAUGUGGGCAAAUUGAAGAAACUGAAUACCUUAAACAUCUCUAGAAACAAAUUAUCGGGCAAAAUUCCAGAAACAAUAGGGGAUUGUUUGAGCCUUGAAUAUCUUGAUAUGCAUGCCAAUCACUUUGAAGGAAAAAUCCCACCUUCUAUGGUUUCCCUAAAAGGCAUUAGGCAUUUAGAUUUCUCAAACAACAAGUUGACAGGAGAGAUACCAAGAGAACUCCAAGACCUCUCUUUCUUGCAAUAUUUGAAUCUUUCUUUCAAUGAUCUGGAAGGUGAGGUGCCAACAAAUGGAAUUUUUGCUAAGGCAAACCAUGUAUCAUUGGUUGGAAACAAAAAACUUUGUGGUGGUAUACCUGAGCUAAAGCUGCCUCCAUGUCAUGUGAAGAAAACAAAACACAAAAAUCAUUUAAAGCUUAUGAUUGUUAUCUUCACAUGUAUCUGCUCGGCUCUGGUGUUUGCAUCAUUCAUUGCUAUUCUAACAUUGUGUUGGAGGAAGCAAAAAAGGAUGGAGUCAGCUAAGCCAUCCAAAGUUGAAAAGCUUUACAAAAUACCUUAUAGAGACCUGCAUCAAGCUACUGAUGGUUUCUCUGAGACAAAUUUGAUCGGUUCGGGAAGUUUUGGCUCUGUUUACAAAGGAAGAUUUGAGCAAGGUGGAGGAGAACAAACAAUUGCGGUGAAGGUAAUGAAUUCAAAGCUUUGGUUUAUGAGUUCAUGGAAAAUGGGGAUUUGGAUAUGUGGUUGCAUACACAUUCAUCUAAUGCAAGGACAACCGUUCUAAGUGUUCUUCAAAGGUUAAACAUUGCAAUUGAUGUAGCUUCUGCAUUGCAUUAUCUCCAUGAUGAUUGUGAGCCGACGGUUAUUCAUUGUGAUCUAAAGCCAAGUAACAUUCUGCUUGACAAAGACUUAACUGCUCAUGUUGGAGACUUUGGUAUAUC